UUAACUAAUACACUGGUCCAACGUUGCUUGAUUAUUUGCCUUUUAAAGCUAUAGUUUGGACCAGUGUUUCAUUGGCUUGUAAAUAUCUAUUUGAAAGGUUGUAAACGUCUUCAUGAAUGUAACUUUUUGUGGUCUCAUACAGAUCGAUACAUUUCUUCCUCUUGCUAUGACCUUGAUUCUAAUUUCUAAAGAAAACUUACUUGUUUUGGAUUUUUGAACAUAAAUUCAUUGUUACAAUAACCAAUUCCAACUUAUGCUGUUGGUUUGUAGGGAGAGAGCAGACCGUCCCUUCCGUUGCCUUGACUGUCAGUAUAGACGAGAGCUUGUUCGGGUUUACUUGACAAAUGUAGAGCAAAUUUGUCGCCGUUUUGUGGAAGAGAGAAGAGGCAAGCUUGGGAAGCUGAUAGAGGAUAAAGCUAGAUGGGCAAGCUUCUGUGCAUUCUGGCUUGGAAUGGACCAAAAUGCUAGGCGUCGCAUGUCCAGGGAGAAAGCAGAUUCAAUAUUGAAAGUUGUUGUAAAACACUUCUUUAUAGAAAAGGAAGUGACAUCUACUUUGGUAAUGGAUUCCUUGUAUAGUGGACUGAUGGCUCUUGAAGGUCAGACUAAGAGCAAGAAAGGUAGAGGGAAAUAUUUGGAAGCUGAAGAAUUACCGGUUCCUAUAGUUCACACAGAGAAGGAUAUGUUUGUUUUGGUGGAUGAUGUGCUACUUUUGCUUGAGAGGGCUGCCAUGGAACCCUUGCCUCCAAAGGAUGAGAAGGGUCCUCAGAACCGUACAAAGGAUGGGGGUUCUGGGGAGGAUUUUAACAAAGACUCCAUUGAGCGUGAUGAAAGGCGUCUUACUGAGCUGGGUCGUAGGACCAUCGAAAUAUUUGUGCUAGCCCAUAUUUACAGUAAGAUUGAAGUUGCAUACCAGGAGGCUGUUGCUUUGAAGAGGCAAGAGGAGCUCAUUCGUGAGGAAGAGGCAGCUUGGCUGGCUGGAGGUGAACAAAAAGCAAAACGUGUUGCGGCUGAAAAGGAAAAGAAGCUGAAGAAAAAGCAGGGCAAACAAAAACGAAACAAUCGUAAAGGAAGAGAUAAAGGGAGGGAUGAAAAGCCUGGUGUUAUAAUACAAGACGAGGUUGAAGAGGAAAGUGCUGGUUAUGAAGGAAAGGACUUCUUGACCGAGGAGGCAGGGCCGGUAAUUGAAAAGCCUGAUACACUUGAAGAUGUUUCUGAUGUGUCUGAUUCAAUAGAUUGUGCAGCUGAAAUACUCCACCCUGAUUCAGAAGACAGAGAUGCUUGUCCUGUCAACUGGGAUACUGACACAUCUGAACUGCAUCCUCCCACAGACACCACUAGCAGUGGAUUAAGUAGCCUUUCAGCUGUACAAAAUGGUACAAGAGGAAGGCAAAGUCCAUCUGUGAUGGAUGAUAGUUCAUCAACGUGUUCCACAGACUCUGUCCCAUCGGUUGUGAUGAAUGGGCCUUAUAAAGGAAAUUCUAUUCCAAACCAAAAUUUUCAAAAAUUUCCUAGCAGAGGAAGGGAUCAGCAUGUGAAGGCUACUUAUGACUUAACUGGUUGGACUAGUGACAUGCAAAGUCAAUCAUUUGAAGCUGCGUCAGAUGCGGGGCGGCCAAAUGAUGUAUCUGGAAGUUUCAAGGUUUCUGAAUCUGAGCCUCAGGCAUUGCAGGAUCGGAUAAAGGUGCUUGAGCAGCAUGUGGCAAAGAAGGAGGAGGAAGUUGUCUCUCUGCAAAGAAAACUGAUUGUUAAAGAUGAGGCUCAUAUAGAAAGACCACCUACAGAGAAGGCAAGAGGACUGCCAUCUCCUCCGAGGAGUCCUCCUAAAAAUGCGGCUUCAUCUGUUCAGACAAAGUUAGAAUCAAAGAUCUGUGCUGCUAGGGACCCUGUUUCAGUUAGGGAACCAUCUUCAGAAAGCCCCAAACAAAAUCAUAAAACAGCCCGAGUGGUUGUUCCAGCAGAAAAUAUGGUCCCAUUGAGACCCGAAAGUAGACCUGAAAGUCAUAAAGCCGCAACUCCAAAACCAAUUGAAAAGCCCACGGCACAGCAAGUACCUGUCACAACUGAAAAGCCAGUGGUGCAGCGAGUGCCUGUCCCAGUGGAGAAGUCCAUGGCACAGCAAGUGCCUAUGAUAUCGGGGCCCUUAAGCACUUCUGUAAUUCUGGAACCCAGGCCAACAGCCCCUGUUGUUACCAUGGUGCAGACACCACCAUUACUAGCACAUUCAGUGAGUGCAGCUGGUCGGUUGGGCCCUGACCCUUCAUCUGCAUCCCAUAGUUAUGUUCCUCAGUCAUAUCGAAAUGCUAUUAUUGGUGGUCCUGUUACUGCAAGUUCAUCUGGUUUCACUCAACCUCCUUCUCCAAGUUUAUCAGUAAGCUCCUCAAACUCAUACACACAGCCACCUAUCAUGCUAUCUGGACCUCUGUUUUUACCGCAGAGUUCUGAGAGAAUGGAACCAAACCCGGUCAAACCAAGCUUCUCCUUUGGAAUGGCAAAUCAUGAUGUGUUGCAAAAUGGACCCCAAUGGAUGGAUUGCCCACGAAGGAAUAGCAGCAGAAGCAUACACUGUGAUCCUUCUUCCCUAGUUAAUGACAUUCAAAACUUUGACUUGUACAAGCCUGUGCACAGCAGAUCACAGGAUUACUUCACACCUGAGUUUCCACCCUGUACGUCAGGGCGUCAAACACAGAGUGUGUUGACAGAUGAAUUUCCACACCUUGACAUUAUCAAUGACCUACUUGAUGAUGAGCAUGGAAGUGGGAUGGCAUCUAAGGCAAAUUCAGGCUUUCAGAGUUUCAGCAAUGGACCUCGUCAGCUGAACCGGCAGUUCACUUUCCCGGGUGAUAUGGGCAUGUCAAGUGACAUGGGUCCCUCGACCAGCUCUAGCACUUUUGAGCGAACACGAAGUUACCAUGAUGAUGGGUUCCAACGUGGCUAUGGCCUUUCUGGAGGUCACUUUGACCCGCUGAGGGAUAUGAUUGCCCAGGCUAGUCCGAUGCCUUAUGUGAAUGGGCAGAUUCCAAACCAGUGGCAAAUGGUUGGUUCUGAUCUGUCAUAUCUUGACAUGAGGAAUACGGACAGGGAUGGACACACGUAUCGUAUUCAAGAUUAUCAAAACCUGGUGUGUGGCGUCAAUGGUUAUACAUUGUUCCGGCCUUCUAAUGGACAUUGAAAAGGUACUAGACACUGUUUGGGUGUUCAAAUGGUUUUCAUAAUUUGCUAAUUUGGUGCGUUAAAAGGUGGGGGACAUUCAAGACUUCAGUGGCCUUACCUUUCAACUCAGAAAUUUGAGGUUCGAAGCUUACCAAAGGCAACGUGUGAAAGCGAUGAAUAAAGGGUCGUUGUUACUAUGAUGGCUAAGACCUGAUUGGUUGGUUGAAUGUUUACACUUGAUCCACUCUCUUCAUUUCUUAAAGGUCACUCUGAAAAUUGAAACAAGAAUUGUUACCUCGGUCUGUUGUAGUCAGUUUUACGAUGUGGAGGUGACUGGCGAGUCUGUUGUCUCCACAGUGUGGAG